AUUUUCAUUCUUACUAGCUGCUUAAACGUAAGUGUUUUAGAGCUAAAUCAUUCAGCAUACGAAAAUUUUCUAACGAGUACGGUCGUAACUGCGCUAAACGUGUAUUCCAUUGUUAAUUUUUAAAUAAGAACGAUAAAAUGUCAUUUAGAGUGUUCUCCCGGAAGUUUUCUGCUGGCAAGCAAUUGCGCGCCGUUAUGGAUGAGCAAUUCACUCCCGACAAACUCAAGGCCUAUGAAAAACCCGAAGUCGUUCAAGGCUUGGAAUUAUGGAAGAAAGUGACCUUUUUUAUUGGUUUACCAGGAACCUUGUUGGCAAGUAUUUACUGCAUCAAUGGACAUUUGGAACAUGAAAAACACUCAUCGCGACCAGAGUUUGUUCCUUAUGAACAUUUGCGUAUCAGAACAAGGCGAUUCCCAUGGGGCAAUGGAGACCAGACUUUAUUCCACAACCCAAAAUUGAAUGCUACCUCUCAUGGUUAUGAAGUAGAUGAAUAGACAUGAAACGUUUUCUGUAAUUGUUCUAUUUAUCUGUAGUUGUGUAAUACCAAUUUAAUAAAGUUUAUUAUACUGGUUCUGUAAAGAAUUAAGUUGCUCCAUAAACCAAUUAUGUAUAUCUAAUAAAUAAAUGAGACCUUUUUGUAGACUUAAA